GCAUCGCGGAGGUGGUUGGAUUUGUCUGCUCCGGGGGGGAAGGACACGACUGGGGGGCCUUGGGCCAUGGAGCCCCCCACCUCCUGCUUCCAGCCCUGCCUGGAUUUCUGCCCUGAGUGCGGCUCCGUCCUGCCCCGGCCAGGCCCCCCCAGCACCGUCCGCUGCCCCCGCUGCGCCUUCACCCUCCACAGCGCCGAUUUUGAGGGGAAAAGCGUCCGCAGCACCAUUGAGUUCAACCGGCUGGAGCCCACGGCGGGGAGGGGGCCAGAGUCUGCGCCCCACCUCGACGGGCCCCUGGUGGAGCGGCGGUGCCCCCGCUGCGGGCACGAGGGCAUGGCGUACCGCACCCGGCAGAUGCGCUCGGCCGACGAGGGCCAGACCGUCUUCUACACCUGCCCCCGCUGCAGGUUUCAGGAGAAGGAGGAUUCCUGAUGGGGGAUUUACCCCCCCACGGGGGUAUUUCCCCCCCUCCAGUGGGUAAUAAACCCCCCCCGGGAUUUUUAUUCAGG